AUGCCCCCGCGGCCAAAAGAAAAUGUCUGGAACUAUCCCAGACCCCCCGCGCUUCAGCCUACAUCGGCGAGGCUGAGAGUCAUCUGGGUCACGCCAUCUAAGCAGGAGCUCGUCGUUGCGGAAACCACACAAGGCUAUCGAGUUCUCGAGACCUCUCACCCUCCGACUUACUACUUCCCACCCAGCAGCGUCAAGAUGGAUCUCAUCAAGCCGUCCAAGACCAGACGCACCAUGUGCGAGUGGAAAGGAAUGGCAGCCUACUACGACCUGCAAUUCAGCAAAGACCAGGGCCCCGUCGUCGCAGGCCGCAUCUGGUCCUACCCUCAACCUACGCCUGGCUUUGCCUCGAUCAAGGACUAUCUCUGCUUCUAUGCGUCCAGUCAGAGCGAUCCCGAGCGUCUCGGACAAUGGAAAUGCAUGGUCGACGACGACGAGGUCAAGGCUCAAGAAGGUGACUUUUAUGGCUCGUGGAUCACACCCGAGAUCACUGGUGGCGACCGAGGCUUCAAAGGAGCUCCAGAGCAAGCCGCUAGCACAAGCGCACUCGAACGGGAUCCUCUCGCCGCGUACAAAGGCCUCACCUUCGCCGAGACACUCGAGGACCUCAGCAGUCGAUUCAUCGUCAACCUUCCAGCCGACGAGCUGUCGAGCAUCGAACGCAUCUGCUUCCAAGUCGAGCAAGCCCACUGGUUCUACGAAGACUUUCUGCGACCGCUCAAUGCUUCCCUUCCAUCGCUGGCCUUGCGACGAUUCUCCUCGUAUCUGCUGCACACCGCGUCGAUGAUCGUGCCCCUCAUUCAACGCUACAUCACGGGCGGUAGUGGGCAACAAGAUCUCGAGGCGGCCUUUGACGAAUUCCUCAAGUACAAGACGCGCGUGCCCGUCUGCGGAGCGAUCCUGCUCGCCGAAGACUGGAACAAGUGUCUCCUGGUCAAGGGCUGGAAGUCAUCAGCUGCCUGGGGUUUUCCCAAGGGCAAGAUCAACCAGAACGAGCCAGAGCGUGACUGCGCCAUCCGCGAAGUGCUCGAAGAGACGGGCUACGACUGCAGUGCGCUGCUGCCGGAAGGCAGCGAAGACUACCUGGAUCUCACGAUGCGAGAACAGCGCUUGCGUCUCUACAUCGUACCCGGCGUCAAGGAGAACACCAAAUUUGAAACCUUGACGCGCAAGGAGAUCUCUAAGAUUGCUUGGUUCAAGCUGAGUGAUCUGCCGACAUGGAAGAAGUCGAAGGAUCCGCCCGCUGGCAUGGGCGGCAAGUUCUAUCUCAUUUCGCCCUUUAUCGGACGAUUGAAGCAGUGGAUCGCGAACAACAAGGCAAAUCACUCGCAGCGUCCCACGGGCAAGUCGGAGCCCAUCAUCGACUCGGGCUAUGCCGCAUCAUCGCCAGCGCCGUCCGCUGCCAAAGCUGCGUCUGCAGCUGCAAUGCCCUCGUUCGUCGACACCACCUCCCUAUUUCCCACCUUCUCGGGCGAGAACAAGACAGCGCACAACAAGGCUGAACCAUUGCCGGCACCACCCACUAGCGACAAGCUCAAAGCGCUGCUGGGUCUCUCUUCGCCGACACCUGAGCACGCUCGCACGGCGAUCCCGUACGCAGCAGACGGUCAGGCGCAGGCAAAUGCUCUCGAACAGAUGUUUUCUGGUGUAGGGGCCAAGAUGAUCCAAGCAUCCGGUGAUGAGCGCGGCCAGCAACUUCUCUCGCUACUGAUGAACUCGAACGCAGCGCCUCAAGGCAAAGCUGGCGGUGCUCCGAACCAGAGCGAGGCGCAGGAUCGUGCAGCUCUGCUGCUAUCUGCUCUCAACCGGCCCGUCCAAACGCAAGGCGAAGCCUCUUCCUCGCCGGCACCUCAGAAUGCUCAUCCUCUCCUGAGCAUGCUCAACGACCCGGCUCGAAGCCAGUCGCCCUUGCCGGCUCCGAUUCCGCAAAAGUCGGGCCAGGCCCAGAAACUGUUGCAGAUGCUCGGCGCCGGGAUGGGCCACGAUCGCAGCGUGUCUCAAAGCAGCUUUGCCUCGUUCGACAACAGCAGCCCGGCUCCUUCGCACAGUGCUGUGCAUCAGGAAGCGCCUCCUUCCAACGGCCCUCAGGCCGACGCCCUCCUGCGAAUGCUGCAACCUUCGUCGGCUCCAACCGGGCCCGACUCGCAGUCACCCUCUUCGCAGGCCGCCCCGAAGAACGAUCUGUUGUCGAUUUUGACCGCCGGACUUCCGUCUGCUGGCCGACCUGGGCCCAAUGACGGUCCUCAACCUCGACCGAACCAAGGCUAUGACCAUGCGAUGGGCGGUGGCUUCCACCCGAAUGCACCCUUCGGCUUCCCACCGCCUCCGCCGCACAUGAUGCCCGGUGGCAUGAUGCAUCCCGGCGGGGGCCCAGGACCGUACCCAUUCCCCAUGGGCCCUAUGCCACCCGCACCGGGACAGGGACACGCUCAAGGUCCGCCGAAUGGAUGGGGCUUCAUGUCCCCCGGCCCCCACUUUGCACCCUACUCUACCGGUCCUCCCUCUUAA